UUGUCUUAAAAAGGAUGAAAUUAGGUCAAUUUAAAUUCCACCAUAUUACCGAUGAAAAGUCUUCUCGCUCUCGAGACCGCGCCUUUUCCACGGAGAUCACGAGAAGAAUCCGGUUUUCCUAAUAGCCUAAUCUUGGUUCCCAUUGGUAGAAAAACUGACAUAUUAAUUAUUUCACAUAAACUGUAGAUCAAAGAUAGAGGAAAUUCUGUGCGACAAUUGAACAGUUCGUGGAAAGUUCAAAAGAAUGUGAUAAUCCAAUCUCAAUGCACAUCAUCAAGAGCAGGACAUGUUUGUUGAGAAGACAGAUUAAAUUAAGCCUUAUUUUCUAAGAAAAGAUCAUUUCGAAAAAUGUUAUUUUAAAAUAAAAUAUAUAUUUUCAUUAUUAUUGUUUAUUAUGUACCAAAUAGCCUAAUGAUAAAAAAAAGCAAAAAGUGCUGGGUCUCGGGAGGAUAUGAAUAGACAUUUCACGUUGGACCACAUUCUACUCUUUCGCUGCUUUGGAUAUAAGCCAAACCUGUGGCGGGUGUCAAGCUAGCCUGAACAGAUACUUUCAGACAUCUAAUUUCUUCACCUCAUUCCUGAGGCAGGGCUGCGCCCACCCCUUGUGUAAGCAAUUUAAACCUGAUAGGAGAUCAUCAGCUAUCUGCAGCCGCUUCAGACCGAGGAAGAGCAUCAGGCUGUGUCUGCAGCGCUACACAUCACACUCCACGAUGCUUUGAAUCACUUGGGUCACGUCACUUCAGAGAUUUUUAAUCUGGGAGAGUAAAUAACCAAACUGCUCGGACCGCUUCAGCACUCGAUGCACUCUGUUUCAGUUAUUUGUUGUCAAACCGAAGACAAUUGCCUCAACGAAUGAGUGUAUCAAUACAAAAUUUGUAAUAUGAACUUUUUGCCAAAUGGAAUAUGUUUUUAUCUGUCCGUGGCAGUUUGCUGGUUCACAUCAAGGGUCGACGCAUCGUGGUGGUACAUGGGCACUCUUGGAUCGCAAGUGAUGUGCGACAACAUCCCGGGCUUAAUUAACAAACAACGCCAGUUGUGCCGCCAGCAUCCCAAGGUGAUGCAGGCUAUUGGAGCUGGAAUUAAAAACUGGAUCGGAGAAUGUCAGCACCAGUUCAGAAACCACCGAUGGAAUUGCAAUACCAUGGCGCGCGAGCACAAUCUUUUUGGAAGACUUCUGCAUCGAAGCAGUCGUGAGGCUGCCUUUGUCUAUGCCAUCUCAUCAGCUGGUAUGGUCUACACUUUGACCAGGGCGUGCAGUCAGGGGGAACUAGAAAACUGCUCUUGCGACCCUGGAAAAAAGGGCUCAUCCCGUGAUGCCAAGGGAGCUUUCGACUGGGGUGGGUGCAGUGAUCAUGUUGACCACGCGAUCAAGUUCACUCAGGUGUUCAUUGACGCCAAGGAGAGGAAGGAGAGAGAUGCACGGGCGCUCAUGAACUUGCACAACAACCGUGCAGGGAGGAAGGCGGUAAAACGCUUUAUGAACCUAGAGUGUAAGUGUCAUGGUGUCAGUGGCUCAUGCAAUGUACGUACCUGCUGGUUAGCCAUGGCAGACUUCAGGCAGACUGGUGACUAUCUCCGCAAAAAGUACAACAAUGCCAUUCAGGUGGUGAUGAACCAGUAUGGAACAGGCUUCACCAGUGCCUACAGGAUGUUUAAGAGGCCUACCAAAAAUGACCUUGUCUACUUUGAGGACUCACCUGACUACUGUAUAUGGGACCAUGAGUCUGGUUCUGUAGGUACUGGUGGGAGAGUGUGCAACCGCACGUCCCGUGGGGCUGACAGCUGUGAGGUCAUGUGUUGUGGGCGGGGCUACGACACAUCACGCGUGAGCCGCACCACCAAAUGUGAGUGCAGGUUCCAGUGGUGUUGUGCUGUUCACUGCAGGGACUGCCAAGAGGAGGUAGAUGUGCAUACCUGCAAAACCCAGUCAUGA